AUGUCAGAUAACGAUUUUCCAGUUUUAGGUUCAAAGGAGUCAAGGAGGAGGCCUGAUAAGAAUGCCAAGCCAUUCCAGUAUCAACCACAAGUUAAUGUACAUAGGCCAGUGCAAGGAGUUGCACCUGUACCCGCACCUGUACAUGUACCCGCACCCGUACCUGUACAUGUACCUGCUGUUGGUGCACCACCCUUGGCUGUUGUAGCCAAACCAGCACCAGCUCCAGGCGCGCCAAUGGCACGCUACCCAUCAAUUAUAGAUAUUGGCGCAAACUUGGCUGACAAGUCAUUCGAACGUGACCUCCAAUCAAUAUUACAAAGGAGCACUGAUAAAGGAGUCAAUCAUAUUAUUAUAACAGGUACAUCAAUUAGAUCAAGCCAGAGAGCAUUGGAGUUGAUUGCAAACAUUGCCAAGAACAAUGUUGUUGGUGCUCCAAAGCUUUAUUGCACGGCUGGUGUGCAUCCACAUGAGGCUGAGCGAGCACCUCGCACAACAAUCUCUGAUAUCAGGUCGAUGGUGACCAACAACCCAGGCGUGGUUGUGUCACUUGGAGAGUGCGGUCUCGACUUCAACCGCAACUUCUCCAGCCACGAGUCACAAUGCAACAUGUUCAGGAGCCAGAUCGAGUUGGCCAUCGAGUUGAAGAUGCCCCUGUUCAUUCACGAGCGCGACGCUCAUCAAAAGUUCAUGGAGAUCGUGUCCAAGUACACGAGCACGGGCACGAUGCCCAAGUCAGUGAUCCACUGUUUCACAGGCACGGAGCAGGAGGCUGCCGUCUAUCUGGCCGCCGGCUUCUACUUUGGUUUCACGGGCGUCAUCACUCAGGGCAGCCGCGGCGACACUCUGCGGAAGAUACUGCGAUCCAAGACCAUCCCACUGAGUCGUGUGAUGAUCGAGACCGACUGUCCCUACAUGACACCGCACAACAUCGAUCCCAAAGACAAGCCCAAGCCACAAGCCGGUUCCAAACAUCUUCGCAAUGAGCCUGCAUUCCUAACAUGUGUAUUGUCCACACUUGCCGAAUGCUAUGGUAUCACAGUCCAAGAGGCUGCACUUCAAACGACCAAUACAACCAGGGAGUUCUUUGGACUGCCCUAG